AUGGAGAGGCUGGGAGCUUCUCAUGCAAAAUUGGAGAGGAGGGUUGGAUUUCUGCAAAUUGAGAAGAGGUGUAAGGUCAAGGAGCUGAAUGUGACUCUUGGUCAUUUGAAUACUUGGUGGAAGCAAAGAGCUAAAGUGAAGUGGAUUGAAGAGGGUGAUGCAAAUACAAAGUUAUUUCAUGCAUUUGAUAAUGCUAGGAAGAAUGGUAAUUUGGUUCCUCAAUUAAAAAACAAUAAUGGUUCUCUUACCGAAGACCCCAAAGAGAUAGAAGAGCUGUUUUAUAACUAUUUUCAGAAGAAAUGGGAUGACAGAGAUAGUGUAUUGACAGAUUGGUCACCUCAUUGGAAGGUUUUAAAUGAUGAAGAUAGAACCUGUUUGGAAGCUGAUUUACGGGAUUCAGAAAUCUGGGAAGUAGUAAGGAAUUCUGGAAACAACACGGCACCGAGAUUUGAUGGAAUCACGUACUCCUUCUUUAAACAUUACUGGAGCAUUGUAGGUAUGGAUGUUUGUAUGGUUGUGAGAAGUUUUUUCUUAACUGGUAGAAUGGAUAAAGAUUGGAAGAACAAUAUUGUAGUCCUUAUUCCCAAGAGCAACAACCCAGUUACUCCAACUGGAUUUCAGCCUAUAAGCUUGUAUGUUCAUAAAGCUGGUGAUGGAAUGCAUCUUGGAACCAAGCUACUCUAUUCUCAUCAAUGGGGAAAGGAUUUGGGCAUCAAAAUUACAUCCAAAGGACAAAGGAUAUCCCAUUUGCUCUAUGCGGAUGAUGUACUUUUAUUUGCUGAUGCAAAGAGGAAAAGUUUUAAAAGAUUGAAGGAUAUUAUUGAUGAUUACUGUAGUUGGACUGGACAAAGAAUCAACUACCAUAAAUCUGCCAUGAUUUAUGGUAAAAGAGUUGAUAGAAGGGAGAGGAAGACUGAUUACCAAUCUCUCUUCGACAAGUCUAUGAAGAAGUUGAACUCAUGGAGUAAUAAAUUCAUCUCUUUGGCAGGCAGGAUGGUGUUGGUGAAUUCGGUUUAUGUUAACUUCCCUAUUUUUAUUAGUUCACACUCUCUCAUUCCUUUAGGAGUUUUGAAGGAAUUUGAGAGAUUAUGCAGAAAUUACAUAUGGAAUAAGGCAGAUGGAAGUCAUGGACUACAUUAUGUUGCUUGGAAUGAAAUUUGUAAGCCAAAAGCUUUGGGUGGUUGGGGGAUAAAGUCUGCACUCUCUAGCGUGGAAUCCUUAAGAGCCAAGUUUGCUUGGAAGUUGGUAAAGUCUCCGAAUUCUUUGUUGAAUAAGAAUUUAUUAUGCAAAUAUGGAGAAGACUGGUGGAAUGAUGACAAUAAGAAGGGUGGUUCUCCUUCUUAG